AUGGAGGUGGAAGGCGAAGCUCGCCCGUUCCUCCUCUUCUCCAAGCCGUCCAGUCGCAGGACCGAGCCUCAGCCCGCCCAGCCUCAACCCCCAAAACCCGACCCCACGCCCGCCGUCCAACCCGACGCCGCCAGCUCCGGCGACUCCGGCUCCGACUCUGACGCCGACCCAGCACCCACCCUCAUCACCGAGCACGGCGACUCCUGCGCCGCCGCCGCCGCCUCCUUCGCCGACCUCGGCCUAUCAGACUGGCUCGUCGACGUGUGCAGCUCCCUGGGCAUGCGUCGCCCCACGGCCGUGCAGCGCCGGUGCAUCCCGCGCGCGCUCGCGGGCGAGAACGUGCUCGGCAUCGCCGAGACGGGCAGCGGCAAGACGGCCGCCUUCGCGCUCCCCAUCCUGCACCGCCUCGGGGAGGGCCCCUUCGGCGUCGCCGCCCUCGCGCUCUCGCCCACGCGGGAGCUCGCCGCGCAGCUCGCCGAGCAGUUCCGCGCGCUCGGCUCGCCGCUCGGGAUCAGGUGCCUCGCGGCCAUUGGGGGGUUCGACCCGCUCGGCCAGGCCAAGGGCCUCGCGCGCCGCCCCCACGUCGUUGUCGCCACCCCUGGCCGCAUCGCCACGCUCAUCAAGAACGACCCUGACCUCGCCAAAGUAUUCGCCCGGACCAAGUUUCUCGUGUUGGAUGAGGCAGAUAGAGUUGUAGAUUCCAAUUUCGAGGAGGACCUGAAGGUCAUAUUUGAUUGCUUACCAAAGAAGCGGCAAACAUUUCUAUUUUCUGCAACAAUGUCAGAGAAUCUGCGGUCUUUGCUUGAGCUUUCGGGCAGCAAGUCGUACUUUUAUGAGGCAUACGAAGGCUUCAAGACUGUUGAGGGCUUAAAGCAGCAGUAUAUCCAUAUACCUCCUGAUGGAAAAGAGCUCCAUCUUGUGUAUCUCCUGUCAAAAAUGAAGGAAGAUAAUAUACGUUCAGCCAUCGUAUUUGUUUCAACUUGCAGGGCAUGCCAAUAUUUGGACUUUGUGUUGCAAGAGCUUGGUCGACCUGCUGUUUCUUUGCACUCUCACAAGGCUCAGUCGCUAAGGCUUUCAGCGUUGCAUCGGUUUAAGUCUGGUCAGGUCCCUGUAUUGAUCUCUACUGACGUGGGCAGCCGUGGGUUGGAUAUCCCAACUGUUGAUCUUGUUAUCAACUAUGACAUUCCAAGGUUUCCACGCGAUUAUAUCCAUCGGGUUGGGCGAACUGCAAGAGCAACUAGGGGAGGGCUCUCUAUAAGCUUUGUGACUCAGAGGGAUAUAUGUCUCUUACAUGAGAUAGAAGAUGAUGUGGGGAAUCGAUUUGAUGCAUAUGAGUGCGAUGACAAAGAAGUCACCAAAGAUAUUACAAAGGUAUUCAAAGCGAGGCGUCUUGCGAAUAUGAGGAUGGUGGACGAGGGCCACGAAGAUAAGGUUCAAGACAGAAGAGACCAGAAGAAGCGAGAUCAGGCAAGAAAGCGCAAACAUGAGGAAUGAACCUGGCUUUGGGAAGUGUUCACUUCCUAUGGUUGCUGUGUGCACCUUCCAGCUGGAGGACAGUCAAUAUUGUCCUACACUCGGACCUUGUCUACUGAAUUGUUUUCGUCUCGUUAACCAGACGAAGGAACUGGUACAAUUUUGCACCGAUGCUUGUAAAUCACUAGAUUGAGUAGAUCAAAACACAAAGUCAGUCGAGAAGAUGUACUAGGUUUGGUGUACAUGCCAUUUUUUCUUGGUAAUGUUUGACAGGUUUGUACUGAUACCAGCAUGUUUGUAUUCAACAUGAACAGCUGUACAAGAAUGUUUGUCUACACUGCACGAUUGGUGCCUGGUUUCUUCCUGAA